AUGGCACGGAAGAAAAUUUUAGCACAGUUAAGCGUAGGAUUGCCGCUUCUCCUUGCCCUGCUCGUGAUACCGUGUGAAGCAAUUGUUGGAGGCAUUCGAUCAGCAACACCACCGCUCGACGAUCCGGUCGUGUUUGUGCGGCACGGUGGCCGCGCAGCUAGAAUCGAAGGGCUGCGAAACCGCGAAACGGGACUGUACUCGUUUUUGAACAUACACUACGCGGAACCACCUACCGAUCAGAACCGUUUCGCUAGGCCCCAGUAUCGGCAUCUCAGCGGAGACAUCAAUGCGACACGGUACGGACCACCGUGUCCCCAACCAAAAUCAGACAAUCCGUACCGAGUGAUUGGGCACGAGGAUUGUCUGUUGCUCAACAUCUUCACACCCCAGAUGCCGGACGAGACGACGGGAUUGCCGGUGGUGGUGUUUAUCCACGGUGGGGGCUAUCGGUACGGGUCGGCUUCUCAGUACGGCGCGGAACCGCUCACUGCCAAUGGAGUGAUCUUCGUACCGAUCCAGUAUCGGCUAGGAUCGUUCGGCAUGCUCGGCGAUGGAAGUCGUGAUUUGUCCGGCAAUUUGGCGCUGCUCGACAUGGCGACGGCGGUACGAUGGGUUAAGGAUUACAUCGGAUGGUUUGGAGGUGAUCCGGCACAGAUCAAGCUGGUCGGGCAUGGAUCGGGUGCGUCGGCUGCGAUGGUGCUUGCCUCGGCGACCAUGGCACGCAGCUCCGUCACUGGUGUGGUGGCAAUGUCCGGUUCGUCGGUGCAGCCUAAUUCGUACGAACGUGAACCGCAAGCCUCGUACCAGGAAGCAACGAUGCGCCAUCGCUGUGCGGCCGGAAACGAAACCGAGGUGGUGAAGUGUCUGCGCGGCAAGUCAACCGAGGAGAUCGUGCUGAUGGACUCGGAGCUACAGAGCGAGCGAUUCAGCGGCGAAAAGCUUAUCAACGGAAUGUCUCCACAGGCUGGUGUUAACCCAGUGGUCGAGGAGAAAGAUGAUGGCCGGGGAUUGUUGGGACUGCUGACGGACAAACCGGAGGCAACACUUCUCGCCGGCGACUUCCCCAAAAUUCCACUCCUCAUCGGUGUGACGAAAGAUGAAACGGCUAACGCGAUCGAUGUGAAAGAGAUUCAGUCAACGUUUAAGGGACCCACAAACUUCCUGAAGAAAACGAGCUCAUUGAUAGGGUUGGAAGGAUUCCUUAAUGUAGAAAAACAAGUACAAGCUGUAGGCAAUGUCGGUGGCGUUCUUAACCUGGACAAGUAUCUGGAGAUCCCGAACGGUUGGGACGUGACACAGAUUUUGGGCAAACUGGUGGAAGCAACAACUGACGCCGUCUUCAACCUGCCCGCCGUUGUGUCCGCCCAGGCAUGGAGCAAAAGCUCAAAGGCUUUCAUGUACAGCUACGAGCACCGAUCGGACAAUACGCGUGGGCGCGACUUCCUGACCGGGCUUCCGAUCGUGGCCAAGUCCGGUAAAAAUGGUGCCGACGAUCGGCUGGUGGCGCACGGUGAUGAGUUGGGCAUACUGUUCGACACGCACGACGUAUUUGGCAAUCCGACCCUGUCCGCUUCGGUCAAAUCAACGAAAGACAUUAAUGCGCGCAAGUCGUUUGCUUCGUUCAUUGCCAAGUUUGCGUAUCUGAACAUGAGCAGCAUGCAUCAGGACAAUGUGUUCAAGAGCUUCUCCAGCAAGGGAACACCGUUCGUGAAGGUCGGCGAGCAGGUUUCGGUGGAUAAUGACUUCAGAUUUUGUCAACUGUCCAUCUGGGGGGCACAGCUGGAGGCACUGAAAUCAAUUUCCUGCUCGUUCCUGGGCGAAGGGCUUAGCUCCGUCAACAAAGUGGUCGGCAAUGUAGUGCCCAUUAACAAAGUGUCCGGAUUACUGUUCGGAGGAUAGUCAUUUCGAGCGA